GAAUUAAAUGAGUAGAUGGACCUAUGCAAUGGGGAGGUGUUUCACUUCCAGACCACGUUUGCAGAAAGGGUAUAAAAGCGCGGCUGUCCCAGAGAGCCUCACUGCAUCCUCAUCCCUUCAUUGCACGAGCACUUCGGGCCACCCCAGCACACAAGGAUGUGCUCCCGCCAGGAGAAGGACCACUGCCAUAAGCAGGAGCGCUACGUCCAACAGAGCAGCGGUUGCUGCCACAGCUCUGGUGGUGGCUGCCACAGCUCCGGCGGUGGUGGCUGUCACAGCUCCGGCGGCGGUGGCGGCUGUCACAGCUCCGGCGGUGGCGGCGGCUGUCACAGCUCCGGCGGUGGCGGCUGUCACAGCUCCGGUGGCGGUGGCUGUCACAGCUCUGGUGGCUCCGGCUGCCACGGGAAGCCGCAGGUGGUGUACCACCAGCAGCAGCAGCAGCAGGUCCACCAGCUGCCCUCGCAGAAGCUGAAGUGAUGGAGCAUCCCGUGCGGCCCCACUGUGGCAGCAGAGCCCACGCACAGACCAGCUCCGUGCGGCCUCCGCGAAGCUCUGCACGCCCCGGGGCACCCAGCUGCACCCCCCUAGCUCUGCCUCCCAGCUGCAGCUGCCUGGGAUGGGCAUCGCUCCUGCUUCCCCACCGCCUGAGCCACCAGGCUGUGCCUUGACCCCAGGAGGUGCCAGCAACCCAAUAAAGCAUCACAUUUCUCACA